CCAUGUCAAAAUCCGAAUGUCAAGCUGCACUGCGCCUCAAGUGGAUCGCCAGGGACGGUAACAGCUCCUCCCCGCCUGCCCCUCGUCGCCCCUUUUAGCGAUGCUACAGUAGGUACCUACAUUACGACGAACCAAGUGGCAGGCAAUUCUCUAGCAGUGCGACUCUACCUACGAAGGACGGAUGACGACUGCGCCAUGCCCCACCGACGGACGAACUCAGUUAUCCUGUUGCAAAACAAUAUUCUCCAUCGGGCGCCGAGAGGCCGCCUGCGCCUGGGCAGCGCGCUUUCACUGACGCGCUCCUUAAACAGAGGUGCAGGGCGGUUUCUCUAUCCCAAACUCCCCCAGAUCCUACAAAUAUUGCCCCUCACUAUUGUCGCCAAGGUUGUCCCAACAUCAACACCGAGACUCCUCACCGCGGCUUUGCCAGCCAGCAUCCGUCCGUGCAUCAGCCUCGGUGCGUCGUCGGGCGCCCUCUUCGAGAUGGAGCGCUUUUCUAAAUUCCGCCGGAGCAAAAAGGAUGCCUCCGGGCCAACCCCGACGGCAACAUCGACAGGAGACGAUAGGAGCACCGGCAGCGCCUCGCGCACACCAUCUCCUCACUCCCAGAACCAAACCCUCGCGCCACAGCAGCCCGCUCCGGAGCAGCGCAGAAAACCCUCACCCUUUCGCGGCCUCGCGAACCUGCGCACCUCGGCCAAGCGCGCCCGCUCCUCGCCUCCCGCCUCGCUCCCUCAGUCACCAUCGGCAGUCUCGGUGCAACAUCACAACUUCCAUCUCAGCUCCCAGACGGCCCCCAGGUCACCGCUCUCAGCAAUGCAUCCCGCAUCGGAAUCGCCAGCAAAUCGCUCAUUGUCACAAUCGCGCCCGUCGAUUGGGACGGAUGACGGCUGCCGGCAGCGUCGGUCUGGCUAUUUCGACACCACUACAGCGGCCGCGACUUCAACGCCCAAGAUACCCUUCUUUCUGACCCUCUCGCAGCAAGAGAUUGAGCAAAAGUUCCAGGACCUGACUUGGCUUGAGCGCAAUCGCCUGCAGCUGUCGAUCCAAAACCCGGCGCCUUCGUACCAGUGGGCUCGCGUACCAGCCAGCACGACAGUUAAGAAGCUUGAUCGCUACAUCAACGUGCAGCCAUGGCACAACAACCGAGUCAGGCUGCAGGUGCCACUGGGCAAGGUUGACUACAUCAAUGCGUCGCCAAUUGCGCUGUCGACGAGGGUAGGGGACGAGCACGCAAGCCGGUACAUAGCCAUGCAGGGGCCCAAGAAGAACUCGACCGAGCACGUCUGGCGCAUGGUAGUCGAGCAGCUACGGAGUCCCGCCGUCAUUGUUAUGCUGACCGAGACGCACGAAGGGCCGGCGGAGAAGUGCUACCCCUACUUUCCGCGGUCUCCCGAGGACCCGCCACUCGAAAUAGGCUUGUCCGAUGAGUUUGACGACGGGUUCCGCGCGACGGUGCGUUGUGAGGCGAUCGAGCCGACCAGUGCGGGAGACGCCAUAGAGCUGCGCAAGUUGGUCAUCCGCGUUCAUCGCCGUACUCCACGUCCUAGCACACCUCAACCACAGGAGAACGGAAAGAGCUCUGAGGGUAGUCCCGCCGGGGGAUCGGAAGAGGAUGAGGACGUGAUCAUGACAUCGCCAACCAAAGCAACGCCGGCAUCAGGACUCACCAUGGAAAGCAUGUUUCCCGACACAAACCACGAAAGGGAUACGACAACAACGCCUGGAGGGGAUUCGAACAGUGAAAGCACACACGGGACGGGCGCGUCCGAGUCCGAGGUCGAUGAGCGUGUUGUGUACCACUUCCUCUACACCAAAUGGCCCGACUUUGGCGUACCGGCCCUGGAGGACCUUGACUCUUUCUUUGAGUUGAUGCGGCUAUCACGGGAGAAGAACGCCGACGUAGACAACGCCCGCAUCGUACACUGCAGUGCGGGUGUCGGCCGAUCGGGCACCUUUAUCGCGCUCGAGCAUCUGAUGCGCGAGCUGGACUCAGGCCUGCUGGAGAACUACGACGACGGGCGGAGGAGCAGGCGAAACGGCGGAGGUCCCGCGUCCGCGAUGUCCACGGCAAUCCCAGACAGUAGAAAUAACGGCCACCUGGACUUGAGCUAUGACGAGGACGACGACCUCAUCUUCAGCGUCGUCAACCAGCUACGCGAGCAGCGGAGGACCAUGGUGCAGGCUGAGGCCCAGUAUCUCUUCAUCUACCAGGUCAUGCGCAAGCUAUGGCAGGACAAGUAUGGGGUCGAGGAGGACCGGGAGCCGGCGGCGAAGAGGCACGAGGGCGAUCCCUUCGUUGGACAAUAGAGCAGAACCAGAUCGGUUGGGAGUCUCUAGGCCAGACUUAUGUCCGCCAGGAGUCAUUGAUGAUGGGGUGGGGGGUUUAAUAUGCGUCUUGUCUUGUUUCUUUUCGAUAUCCCCUCGGUCUAUCACCGAAACUGCUGGUUUUUUCUUUUCUUUUUCAUAAACUUUUUUUUUCAAGAGGGUCUUGUGACAAUGGUGGCAUUAUAGAACAUUUCUUUAGAGCGUUGUCUGUUUUAGCAUACCUUAGCCCAUGCUUCCUCUUUGUUUUUUUUUUCAUCAUAGGCAUACCGGAUAUACCUUGCAUUAAAUCAGCGAGCCUUUUUCAUUCUCCUACUCAUUUCACUUCUUAUAUUAUUUCUCAAAAAAC